AUGGGAAUGCAGAAAUCGCCAGCUCAAACGAAGACCCAGCCUGACGCCUCCACGCCGAGCUCCAGCAAGCACCAGCCGCAGGGCCAGAAAAGCUCUAGUGCCGGCUUCUCCUGCUCUUUCGGCGUCUGUUUUCCACGCUCCUCCGCGCAGGUCUCAGGCUACCACGCCGACAACGUGGCACCCUCGAUUUUGGGCGGAUUCGUCUUGAUCCGCAGCUACGAGCCCUUGGAGCUGAUGCAGCUGAAAUUCCCCCAAGAGAAGAGUCUGUAUUUCGUGCUGGUGAAUCCGGAAUUCGAAGCCCCAACGAAGAAGAUGAGGGCGGCGCUGCCGCCGGAGGUUUCCAUAUCGAACCACGUGUGGAACUGCAGCCAGGCGGGGGCUCUGGUGGCGUCGGUGCUGCAAGGUGACCUAAUUGGAUUGGGGAAGGCGCUGUCGUCGGAUAAGAUUGUGGAGCCGAGGCGGGCGCCGCUGAUUCCGGGGAUGGAUGCGGUGAAGAAGGCAGCAAUCGAGUCAGGGGGUGCCAGGUCUCAGGCUACCACGCCCAAAAUCGAGGGUGCCACAACAAAUUAA